AUGGCAUACCCGCGGCGGCGCCACCAGUACCGCCACCGCCUUAUUCCCGCCAUCUCGGCUGUCUCCGCUGCCAUUCUCCUGCUUUUUGUUCUUAUCUUUUCUCUGGCACCGCCUCCCAUGGACGGCGAUCAUAUCCAUCGUCGCAGGAUACCAGUAAUUUCGAGCAGAAAGAUGAAUAAUGACGGCGUCGAACGAAAGGAAGCGCCACUAUUUCGUGUUCCGAACAGUGGAGGAGUACAUCAUCGGGAUCUUUGGACCACGAAAAAUGCAGGAUUUUAUUACGGGUGCAGCAAUUCUAGCAGCGCAUUCGAGAAAGCCUCUGCCAUAACACAUCCUAACCGCUACCUGGCCAUUGCAACCAGUGGAGGUCUAAACCAGCAAAGAACUGGGAUUACCGAUGCUGUUGUUGCAGCUCGCAUAUUGAAUGCCACCCUUGUUGUCCCAAAAUUGGAUCAGAAGUCUUUCUGGAAAGAUGUUAGCAACUUUUCAGAGAUCUUCGACACUGAUUGGUUUAUAUCGUAUUUGAAGAAAGACGUAAAAAUCAUAAAAGAGCUCCCACGAAGAAGGGGGCAGAUAUGGAAUCCGUAUACCAUGCGUGUUCCAAGAAAGUGCAAUGAGCAAUGCUAUAUUAGGCGUUUAGUACCUGUACUAUCGAAGAAGCGUGCUGUACAGUUGACCAAAUUCGAUUAUAGACUUUCAAAUAGGUUGAGCUUGGAUCUUCAAAAGCUUAGGUGUAGAGUUAACUACCACGCUUUGAAGUUCACUAAACCCAUCCUUGAAAUGGGUGCAAAAUUGGUGCAAAGAAUGAGGAGGAAGAGCAAGCAUUACAUUGCCCUCCAUUUAAGGUUUGAACCUGAUAUGCUUGCAUUCUCAGGAUGUUAUUACGGCGGAGGAGACAGAGAGAUAAGGGAGUUGGCUAAGAUAAGGCGGAGAUGGAAAACUUUGCAUUCUCCUAAUCCAGAUAGGGAGAGAAGGCAAGGGAGAUGCCCACUUACUCCAGAGGAAGUUGGUCUUCUGCUAAGAGCACUUGGGUAUGACCGAGAAACCCAUAUAUUCGUAGCCUCUGGAGAAGUAUAUGGAGGAGAGGCAACAUUGGCCCCACUAAAGGCUCUUUUCCCGAACUUCUAUUCUAAAGAUAUUCUGGCAAGCCAAGAGGAACUCAAACAGUUUUCUGCUUUUUCUUCAAGAAUGGCUGCAUUAGAUUUCAUAGUGUGCGAUGAGAGUGAUGUGUUUGUUACCAAUAACAACGGCAACAUGGCAAAGAUACUAGCAGGGAGAAGGAGAUAUUUUGGGCACAAACCAACCAUCCGGCCAAAUGCGAAAAAACUGAACAGGCUAUUUGCAAACCGAGAAAAUAUGACAUGGGAUGAAUUUUCCUCGCGAGUUCGUACGUUUCAGAGGGGUUUCAUGGGGAAUCCUAAGGAAGUGCGGCCGGGCAGGGGUGCAUUUCAUGAGAACCCUGCUGCUUGUAUUUGUGAGAAAUCAGAGACCGAAAUGAAGAUGGACUCAAUUUCAAAGGAAACUGGCCAGGGAUCUGUCCCGAUGAGAAGGGAUGUGGAUUUAGCCGCUGAGGAUCAAAAUAUGAACGAUGAUCUUGACUGGUCAGACCCUGACGAGGAAGAUGAUACAAGUCAGCAGGGUAACACUUUGUACAACGAGACAAGCUUGGAAUAUGAAAAUUUGUCGUCUGAUGAGCCUGAGUUGGAUGAGUUGCUUUCAGAUUGA